AAAUAGCCAAAUGCUGAAAUCAUUGACUUCUAGACCAACUGUAAUGUAUGGCAUGGCAGCAUUCAAAUUGAACAGAUCGCCAUAUAGAUAUUUAACCUUUGGAUCCAAAUUACAAACAAGACACAGUUCACACGUAUUUCCCGAAUCCAUGAAAGUCACCACAGUCCAAAAAGAGUUGGAUGUUCAAGUCACUACAGACGAUAUAGAUAUACUAUACAAAGCUCUAAAGACUCCAAUCGCAUCUCAAGCUAAAUCAGGACCAGCAGCAUCCGUCUCUCAUAAACUCAGUCCGGAAUAUCUGCAAUCCCUACACCUGUCAUUAAAAGAUGUUGAAGCUGAAAAGCUUUCCAAGAAAACAAACCAAUUCAAAAGUUUGGAACGUGCUCUGAAAAACAAAACAAACACUCCAACACUUUCACAGCUUACUCAGCUCAUUCAUAUCAAUGCUAUUGCUAAACGACCAAAGCAAGCACUAGAGUCAUUCAAUCACAUUGAAAAAGUUGGAUUAACGCCUGAUGUUGUUGCAUAUAACCAUCUCCUUGAUUCUUACUCUCGUGCUGGUGAUUUAAACGGUGCCGUGGCUGUUUUUUCUCGAAUGCAAACCGCAGGAAUAUUCCCAGAUCUUGUUUCAUUCUCUACACUGAUUAAUGCAUGCGUUGCCAAACGCGAUCUAAACGGUGCAUUCAAACUGUACCAUGAAAUGAAGAGCAAAAAUAUCCAACCCAACCAGAUUAUCUACACCACACUCAUCAACGGAUGUGCCAAAACAAAAGACUUUGCUCGAGCAUGGAAGACGUUCAAUUUUAUGCGCACUGAAAUCUCCCUUCCAGAUGCUGUUGCUUUUAAUUUGAUGAUUCACAUUUGUUCAAAAACAGAAGAUGCAGAAAGAGCAAUCGACUUGUUCAAGGAAAUGUCUGAGCGUGGAUUAGAGAUUUCGCAAUACACGCUGACUUCUUUAAUUCAAGCCUGCUCUUCCCGCCACGAUUAUUAUAACGAGUCGUUUGUCCUGCUGGAACAAAUGGCUGCAAGUGGUUUUGUGCCUUCCAUUCGUACAUACAAUGUCAUUUUGUCGGGAGCUGCCAGAUUUGGUGAUAUCUUGCGAGGUCGUUUGAUUUGGAACGAUAUCGUAGAGCGUAUGCGUGAGCAGCCACUUAGCUCCAAUCCUGAUGUGAUUCAACUCAAUCGUAUAUCUCCAGACGAGUAUAUUUAUGCAUCCAUGCUUCGUCUCUAUACUAAAGCAAUCAAAAUUGAAACUCAAAAAGCUUUGCUUUUGGAUCCAUCAACGAAUACAGCAGCACCACCUACUCUAGCUUCUGAUCCUACACAGCAAGCAAAAGACUUUAAUCUUGAAACUAGUUUUGAUAAUAGCCAAGCAACGGCAGAAACAAGUAUUUCCUUGCUUGAAUCUACAGAUACUUCACCUGCAGCGUUACUUGAUGAAGCACAGAGCAUAUGGCAAAUAUUUCUAAAACAACAUCAUCUUCAUAACACUGAAAAUACCAAGCGCGUACAAAGUGCCUACUUGAAACUGCUAUGCACUGAUCCAUCUCACAAUGCGUUUGCUCGUGCCUAUGAUUUUUGGAACACGUUAGACUCUGUCAGUAAAAAAUCCAUAGCCAACUAUUACUGCUUAAUAACUCUUGCAAUGAGACAAUCAGAUACAAUAGAUCAAGGAACAGUGUUAUGGAACAGUCUUCUUGAAUGGGAUGCUGAAAUGGAAAAGUCGUUGGAUGUGCAAUCUGGAGAAAAAAUGACACGUACAGAAAAAGAACUGCUGCGUCUUCAACAUGGGCGAUCUCGCGAAAUCAUGUUUAAAAUGCAUUUAACAAUGGCAAAUGGAUAUGCAUUGGCAGGAAAAAUCGAAUCUGCAGUCAAAGUUCUAUAUGAUACUGUUCUAUUUCGAUACCCUUACUAUCUACCUGCAGUCCACUUUCGUGAUAUCUCGCCGAUUGUCAAGAUUGCCGAGCAGAAUGCGGACAAUGCUCAAUGGGAUUUGAUGAAUCACAUACUUGGACUCUGUCCACCCAUCACUGAUCCACUAUCACAAGUUCAGCACAUGUUGAAACUCAAAGCUGUUCCUUCUGGAAGCUGGUGGGGAUGGAACAUUCUUGGGGUUGAUGAACAUGCGAUGGCUAUGUUGCGUCGAAAACAACAAAAAGAGCGAUCAAAAGUGGUUCAACGCACCGAAGCGUAUCGUAAUCGUUCCACCCAUCAUAGAAAUACUAAAGUGGUGCUGGCAAACGUACCAGAGCUUGUAAAAUCACACACUGAUAAGAAUUCUACUACUCGAGGGUAGUAAGUUGAAUCAUCCAAAUGUAUGAGUGCUGCAAUUCAAGGGCUGGACAAUUUCAAGAUUGGAUGGUCUAUGUAAGGCGGAUCAAGUAUGUAUCUGGGUAUUACUGAAAAUCCAGAUAUUCUCACAACCUUAUUCGUGCCAAAUACGUAAUAAACCGCAGUUUCGUAU